GACGUCACUAACGUCACGCAAUGGCCGUCGACCAAGCGUGAGCUGAGACUUCGAGUGUGUAGUAGUGCUGCAAGGCUAUCGUGGUGAUUGCGCGAGGGAUUGUCCAUCGCGGAAAAGUUUUCUUCGCAAGCUGUUUGAAAAAAUUCGUCAAGCUGUGGACCCAGCCGCAAACGAUGGGCUCGAAAAAGCACAAAAAACACAAACGGGAGCGACUCGAAGAGGGGCAUUACUCGACCCCAGACAGACCUCCGGCCUUGAAGCUGAUAUUGAAGGUCGGCGGGAGCAGUGGGACUCCUGAACAUGGGGCAGAUUCGCCUCAUCACUCGUCGAUACUUCAGCAGCACUAUCAGCAGCAGCUUGGCAUUAAUUAUUCCGUGACCCAGGGUGAAUCUGAGUACGAUCGUUACAUGGGUCACAAAAAGUUGAAGAAGAAAAAAAAGAAGAAGGAUAAACGGCACAAGCAUCAUCAUAAGGAGAAAAAAAGACGGAGGGAAGAAUCCAGCCAGGAGUCUGUCGGAGAAGACAGUCUCAUGGAACCACCUAAAAAAAUAUCUGCCAUUAUGCCUCAAAAUCAACAGCUUAUGCCCCCGAGGCCACCCGAGAUGGAAAACAGAGUAGGCAUAAUGGCCUCGAGCUCGCUUUCUCCUCAUCGUGAACCCAGAACCUGUGUCCUAAGGAAAAUAGCUGAAAGAACUCCGCUUCAGAGGCUACUAGAACACCUGCUUCGGUCGAUGGAGAAACGAGAUCCUCAGCAGUUCUUUGCUUGGCCGGUGACGGAUAAUAUUGCGCCUGGAUAUUCUCAGAUAAUAACAAAUCCAAUGGACUUCAGCACAAUAAAGCAGAAGAUUGACGACGGGAAUUAUCAGAAUUUGAAUGAAUUUAUUAACGAUUUCAAACUGAUGUGCAGUAAUGCUACUACUUAUAAUCACCAGGACACAAUUUACUACAAGGCAGCCAAGAAGCUUCUUCACGUCGGCCUCAAAAUGGUUACUCCUGAGAAGCUCCGGCAGCUGAGAUCCGUUCUUACCUACAUGCCAGAUAUUACUAAGGAAGAACUUGGGUUCGAGCUAGGCGUAGAGGAUCCCAAUAAUCCUGAUGUCAUGGUAACAGAGGAGCAGAUUGAGAAGGAGAGGGAGCAGGAGGAGAGAAACGAAGAGGCGGAAGAACUGAGGAAAGAGAAUCAACGGAAGUUGCGGUUGGCAAAUUUGGGUAGGUAUGAAGCAAUCCCAGACGACUUGACACCCGAUGAGAUCCUUAAACAGGCGCAAAGUGCAGCUAAACAUGCCGCUGAAAAACUUAGUUUUAAACGUGUCAACUCUAAGAUGGGCUUUCUACGCCAGAAGAAGGAUGGAACUACAAGCUUGCAGAUCUUGGUCCCUGGGGACGGUGUUAUACCCGGUACCAACCAGAGGCCCGUUUCCUUAGGACAAUUAAUUGGAAAAUUGAGCCAUGGAACUGGCUCGCUGGCCGGUUUCAGAGAAGAUAGACGCAAUAUGUCAAAGCCAGCAAAACCGCUCUACUACGGGGCCUUUGGCUCCUACGCUCCCAGUUAUGACUCGACGUUUGCCAAUCUUACCAAGGAGGAGACAGAUUUGGUGUUUCAGACGUAUGGAGAUGAAACUGCAGUUCAGUACGCAGAGUCAAUUUUGGAUUUUGCCAAGGACUGUGACUAUACAUUGACCAUGGUCGACAAUUUGCUCGACUUGUUGACUAAUGGGGAUCACAAGAAAACUAAGAAAUUUUUGGAGGAAAAACGCAGGCUUCGAGAAGAGGAAGAAAAAAUAAAACACCUCCUCGAAAAGCCGGCACAGGAUGGAAAAGGAGCAGAAUUUUCAGCAGAUAAAGUCAAAGUUGAUCUUGAUCAACUAAAGAGUCUGGCUGACCUUGGCAUUGAUAUAGAUUUCUUAAAUAAUAUAGAAGAAGAAUCUAAAACGAGCGCAGAACAAGCGGCGCUCCAAAGUGAAUUGGACGAUACAACACAGCUCUUGGGUCGUCUGCGCCAAGUGCAGCAUGACCGAUUGUCUGCGCAGCCACCAGCGCACUUGUCAAAUGUCCCAAAGGCGCAAGAAACGGAGACAAGUCUGGCGGAAAAGAUUACAGAGAAUCUGACUGAGAUUGCCAAGAAACUUCCACCCUCUGCUAUUGCUCCAGUAGACGGUCUUCGGCGUGCGAUGGGAAUUACUCCGAUCUCACGGCCGACUUCUGCUCCUGGAGUCGUUCCUGGAGCUGUCACUAUCCCCCGGCCAAUCCCAGGAGUAGUUUCCAGCGGUGGUAAUGUCCCUCAACCGGAGACGAUGGAAGUCGUUGAUAGUAUUGUUCCUUCGUCGCCAUUACCACUGGGAAAUCAGAGUCUCAGUCAAUCUCUGAAUAUAACGAGCUCAGGACAGACAUCUUCCAUACAAGUUCAAAUUGGAGGAAUCCCUCAGCAGGAUCAGACUCAGCCUCAAGUGAGUGGAACUGGCAGUGGGGCGAACGGAGGACUUCUUGCUACGCAGGAAAAUUCAUCCGGAGUUCCUGACCUGGAGUCGGAGCUUAGAGAAUUUCUCGAAAGCGAUCCUACUCUGGUACACUCACCACUCCACGACGACAAGACUCUUGAGGAUAUUCUGUCAGAGUCGUAGCGAUAGUGCAACCUGUUGCAUGGCUAACUAUGGUUUCUCGAACUCAAUGCAAAACGUUGUAACGUACAAUGUUGAAAAUACUUAAUAAAUAGUUUAUAUCUAACU